GAUCCUGCAGAAGCCUCCGCCCAUCUACCUCGAUCCUCCCUCUUCUCCUUCGGAGCACCCAGGAUGCCCUAGUCGUCAUCGGAGUUCCACCCGAGCACCUACCCGCCGUCCCGCUUGGCGCCGCCCGUAUUCUCCAUCUUAACUAGUGAGGCGCCGCAGCCGGCCGUCCCCCGCUCCCUUUUCUUUCCUCAGAUCUUCUCACCACACGAUCUCGCAUUUAGGGCAAAAGGCGACCGGCGGCGAUGGCGGCGAACGAAGACUCGAGAUCUUCUGACAGGAAGUCGGCCGACGAUUCCGAUGAUCUGCCCAUCUUUAACGCCGAGAAUCUGCAGAGCAACAUGAAAUCCAUCUACUACAGCCGUACCUUCUUGUCUAUCAUAGGUGGAGUUGUUGCUGGAAUAUGGGGGUUCACUGGCUUGACGGGUUUUGUCUUCUAUUUCUUGAUAAUGGCAGUAGCUUCUUUGGGACUUGCAGCGAAGGCAAAAUUUUCUGUCCACACAUACUUCGAUUCUUGGAACAGAAUUCUUGUUGAUGGAGUUCUUGGUGGCCUUAUGUCAUUCGUGCUUUUCUGGACAUUUGCUUACGACAUCGUUCAUAUAUUCUGAGUGAAGGAUGCUUCCAGAUUUACUGAAAUCACUGAGCUGAGUGGUUCACCGCUUCUGUUUCUGCGUCGAUGAUGCCUAUAGCUGAUCUUUCUAGCACUCCUGCUGAGUUUUUUACUCCAUUCACCGCUGAACAUCGAAAGCAUGGCUGUUGCUCUACUAUGUUAUGGACGUAUUGUUAGGCAAUAUUCUAUUAGCUUGUUGCCGUUUAGUGAACAUUUUUGUCAUAUACUCUUCCACUUAAGAUAUAGCCCAGUGCUGAACAAUAUUUAACAUUAAAACCAAUUUCAACAUUUUUGUCUCUUGCUUUAUUGUUGCCCUACUUUUUAGCUUAGUAGAAAUGAAUGGUUGGGUAGAGCCAAAGAAGCUUCAGGCCUUCUAUA